AUGACUUAUGAGAGUGAACUCCGAAAGAGGAGUAACAUGGAAAGUCAUUGUGAUUAUUCUUGCCUUCUAUAUCUGAGCAAUGCAUUUACAUUCUUCCGAUCUCAGGCAAUAGAUUCACAGAUUGUUUCAGAUUACGUUCGCUACUUUCUCCAUCAAAGUAUGAUACAACUUGGGCAGCCUUCUACUGUCAAAGUUGUUGCAAACCUCGUCAGAUUAUUAUUUUACAAUAAUAAGCAGAAUAUGCUGCAAACCGGCCUCAUUAUUGGUGGAUGGGACGAAUAUGCAGGUGGUAAAAUAUUUGGAAUACCUUUGGGAGGGACAAUACUAGAGUUGCCUUUUGCUAUUGGAGGUACGAUUUCUUUUUAUUCCUAUUUGUAUGAUUUCUUUGACCAAGUGUGGAAGGAAGGAAUGACUCAAGAGGAAGCUGAGAAAUUAGUGGUCAAGGCUGUGUCUCUUGCCAUUGCUCAUGAUGAUGAUAGUGGUGGUGUUUUCGGAUUAUCGCCGUGA